AUUAUGUAAAAAUGAACCCAUUUCUCAGGUGCACAUCAUUUAAGUGAAGGUGACAUAUAAUCCCGUUCAAUUUAGCAUCUUCCCUCUAGCAGGCUAAUCGAAAUUUAGUAGACUCCCACUCAUUUCAUGGUUUGAACAGGAAAUUACAUUUACAUUGAUUGACAAGUUCUAUAUCCCUUGCCAUCUCCGAUAGAUGCUCGGGCGAGUAUUGAAGGGUUACUUGUCGUGAAUGUUUCCUCCGACCACCGGAAAAGGACAUCUCCGGUUUUGGGAAAUUUACAUGGAACUCCAGGUGAUAUGACCACUUAGCCCGGUGGUGAAAACUAGCCUCACCGCGGAAAUUACGUCUCAAAUUUACCUUUUCCCAAUUUUAUAAAAAUUUCUAAACCUGAUGAGCUUUUCAUUUUAAACCCCAAAAUACCUGGUUAAAAGCAACCCAGAAGAAUUUUCUUUUUCUGACAGUGCUGGUAGAUAGCGAUUUCAAGUGCCGGGAAAAUAUUGAAAUGUUUAUUUUUUGUUUGAUGGGACUAGGUAAUUCUUAAAAUAGAAAGCAAUCAAGCGGUAAUUCGUGGAGUGUAAUAUACAAAUCAGAUUUCGCUUCGAUUAUAUUUCUUUUAUCUUUUCCCGUGACUGCCGAUUAUGGAUGCGCUUGGUUGACGUAUUUUUUACCAUUUUACUUCUGUGGUGUUUGAACAAAUCGCAAAAGCGGUGCAGAGUAAGGAGGCGCUCUGUGGUUAACUUAAACAGAUAGAAAUUGUAUCUUGUUCCUGUUUUGCCUGCUGUCUCGAUUAUCCCCUCCACCGCCGCUGCAAUCAAUCCAGCUCCAAACAGUGCUGUCAAAUUUCACGUCCGCCCUCAUUGUGCACACCAAGUCUACUAUCUACCGGCAUCAAACUGAGUUUUCUAACUCGUUUAAAUGAGGCUGCAUUUGAAGCGAAAUUGUAUCUGCCGCGACUGAUGCGGCUGAAAUUUAUAGUCGCAUUUCGAUUCCAAUUUGGAUAGGACCUUUGAUUUGAAAUAGAAGUGGAAUGACAUCUGUGGCUCAGGCGGUAGCACUAGCGUUGCCCAAGGAGGUGCUGGAUAGCGUGAAGCCGGCGGAGACGUUUCCGGCAUUCAGGAAGAAAUGGCUAUCAAAUGAGGAAGUGGUAUCUGUGCUUAUCAAUUACGAUGCACACGCGAGCUGGCUUUCAACUGAAUUGCAACAAAGGCCUGCAAGUGGGACUCUGCUGCUUGUGAAUCGGAAGGUCACCAAGUACAAAAAGGACGGCUACUGCUGGAAGAUGCGCAAGGACUCCCGUGUGACCCGCGAGGACAACAUGCGCCUUAAAAUACAUUCUUACGAGCUGGUCAAGUGUCUUUACGCACACUCGUCCUUAGUUCCUACUUUCCACCGAAGGUCAUACUGGCUGUUUGUUAACCCGGAUGUUGUCCUGGUUCAUUAUUUGAAUGACUUGGAUGAUCCCUGGGCACUGAGACAUUUGCUCUCGAAUCCAUUUGAAUCGCGGCCAGACUUCUGGCCGACCAGCCGACAGUGGAACAAAACAGAGCUGAUGAACGAAAUAGUUCCAAUGUUCAUCAAUAGCUGUACUAAAGAUGCGGAAGAUGAUCAGUUGAACCUACCGGAUAAUGUCAGCAGUGUGGAAGAAUUGGUGGAUAAACUUCUGGACGAUCAGAGCAAAUUUGUGGAUUCGCCUGCAGUCUCGACGAGUCCAACAAAGCAAAAAGCUUCCGGAUACCAGAAAGCUGCAUCGUACUCGAAUCUAUCUUUCCAAUCUGCGUCAGCCAAUUCCCCGUCCAGUAACAGGUCCAAGUUCAGACCCAUUUGUGUCGGAGUGUCAAGUUUAAGUGGUCACAACUCAGUGCCAGUAGUGUUAAAUGUGCAACAUAUUCAACCACUUCUAAAGGUGGUCAAAAAUGAGACCGAAUCGCCGAACUCUUCUGGCAUUUUGAAUGUGUCAUCAAGUGGCUCUAUUAACCCUGCUAAGUCACCCGGAGUAUCAUAUUCAGUGGUAUCAUCGACUUUGAUAGAAAAAUCACCGACCGAUGUAUCAAAAAGAUUGCCAUCAAAAUGCGAAAUGGGUACACAAACAGUAGACGAAAUAGUACAGGAAAGUUCGACGUUCGAGACAUCUUCAAGUUAUCAACAAAGUGCAAAUGUUUACAAAGUGUCAACGCCAAGCUCCUUAUUUUCACCCCUAACUGUAGCCGUGGAAACCCCUCUGUCUCAAACGGAGCCACCGACUGUGUCAGCUUCGGAUCCGAUGCAACAAGCUCAUUGCUGCUUUAUUACUUCUGAAAUUCCAAAAUCAGGGACACUUCGCGCUGGAUAUUUUGAUGAAACAGCUAAUAAUGGUUGCUCAUGUUGCGUUCAUGUGAACGAUCUAAGCUGCUCUUAUUCUUCCUGUUUGCCAAGUACUUGUGAGAACAAUUUUUAUCAUCCCAAUCAAGGGUCGGGUUUCAACGAAUCACAUGAUAUUUCACCCGACGUUUUCUAUCAUCAAUUAAACACAAUGGACAAUUUAGAAAAUCCCAGCAACCUGUGCAAAUCAGAGAAUCAAACGUAUAAUCGGAACAGUGCGUUAGCUCGUGCAUUUGAUUUAUCCUCGUUCCACAGCGAUAGUUUUUCCUCCAGAGGUCAAGUUUCGUCCGUGGGAACAAUGUCUAGUGGGUCUUGCGCCUCGAUGUUUAUGGAAUCGAAUAGUCACUUCCAAAUGAGUCUGCAACAGCAGGGCGAAAACUUGAAUCAAUGUUCGGCCUUUUCAUCGAACUAUCAAAGCGACUCGUCGGCUUAUUUUCCAAAUUAUGAUCUCAUUGGAUCUAACCAAAUAAAUGCAAGUGAACAAAAUGUACAAGAAAACUCAUUGGUUUCAACUGAAUCUGAACAUACUGAUUCUGCAUCUCGUGAAUUGUUCACGACUAUGGACUUGCCGGACCUGUCACAUAUGGAUGGGUUCACAGAGCAGAUAACACAGCUAGCGUCUGCGAGUUCUGCAGCUCAGCACAAAACCUUAUGUCACAAUGGCAGUAGUGAUCAGUCUGGGUUGAUAAGUGGAAAUGUUGAUGGGCUUGUCUACAUCACAGAAUAUUCUCCUAGUUGGUGUUACGAAGAGGGAGGAGAGAAGGUGCUGAUUGCUGGCAAUUGGUCUCAAGGCAACCAAAAUGAUCUGUUCCAGUGCCAUUUUGGGGAAAAGGUUACACAAGGAGCCCUUAUUUUACCCGGUGUCCUACGCUGUGUUUCGCCAAAAUCGAUAUGUGGAAUAGUCCCUUUGUCAGUGUCUAGAAAUAACACUUUCGUCACCCAUUCAGUUCCCUUCGAAUAUAAGAUCAAACCUGGUACGAAACAGGGCUGCGAUUGGUUCAAAAUGACAUCAGACAGCUCUGAUUGGCUGGCACUUAAUGACCAUGAGUUCAGAUACCGACUCCUGUCACGGUUGAAUGAGAUGCAAUCGCAUUUGAUGGCUUUUAUCGGAAACAGAAUCACGCAUUCUUCUUCAAGCCAAGAGGACUAUGGAAAUGUUAAUCAUCCUUGUUUCGAGGCCGGAGCCAGCUUCGAACUGAAAUUUGAGCGGCAGUUUUCGUUCAUUUUGCAACUCUUGGCAUACCUGAAGCAAACAAAUACUGCACAUGGAAUGACAGAACUACCCAGGCCGCCAAGAGGUCUUACAAUGCUCCACCUAGCUGCAGCUCUUGGCAUGCCUCGACUUAUUGACACGAUGAGGUCCUGUCUCACUCAAUUUGGAGGACUAAGUGACUUGAAUCCGGCCACCCUAGAUGACCAGCACUGUUCGGCUCUUAGCUGGGCCUGUGCCAGAGGUAAUCUGGAAUGUGCUCUGAUUCUGCACAAUUGGUGUCACGAGAUGCUAUGUGCAAAGAAUAGAUUGGACCUGACCCCUCUGAUGAUAGCUAGAAUGAGAGGGCAUGUUCUCCUAGUUGAGACAUUAGCUGACAAGGAGACGGAUGGUGCUCCCGAACAAUUGAACAGCAUCCAUCGGAAAUACUUGAAGCGAUCUCCAGACCACAUUCGGGUAAAUGCAUCUCAGUUCACUGACCCGACAUCACACGAUGACGACCAAGAGACCGUUAGCAGCUGCUCGGAGUACGAUUCCGAAGAAAUUUGUUCCCUCGGUUCUGCUCCGAUGAUGUCCGAGUACACGCCUCCGCAGGCAGAUGCUAUGGAUUCCGAGUCAUUUCAGACAUCGUCUCAAUGGGCAACUUAUGGUCAAACUCAACCUCGAGUUUCAAGGCCACGCCGGGAUGAUUCGAUGAACAGUGUCCCGAACUCACCUUUCAUAACCACUUCACUUCAGGAAUCCGGAGAUACGCAGGUGUAUAAUUUGGCCGAGCAAAUCAUUCGAGCCAUACCUGAGAGAAUCAAGAACUCGAGAUGCGAAGACUCGCCGGAAGUUCGCGCGGCAUUUGAUGCAAAUGGAAAUCGUCCGAGAACUUCUAACGAUAUCGGAACAUCAAACCAAACAGCUAGCGACUUGCAGCGUUUCUUAUCUGAAGGAGAUCAGAAAAAUAGUGAGCCACGAAGAACUGACAACUUCCGUUCUUGGAACAACGGGUGGAAUUGGUUGGAUGGAAGUGACUGUAGUUCCUUUGAUUUGUUCAGCGAUGAGUUCGAUUUUAGCGACUUGGAUCAUGCCUCAGAUCAAGACAGCGAUCGGUUCCGCAUGCCUAACUCGGAGCAUGCGACGCACGACUGUGAUUCGCCCAUGGAAGACCUUGCUGAGUUUAUCCAGGGAAGAGGAAACGUCGAGGCUGAACUGAACAGUUUGACUUUGUCCGAUAGUGAUCAGCGAACUCUUUAUGAGAGUGCGAAGAUAAUUCAGAGUGCAUUUAGACAAUACAAGGUGAAAACGAAGCAAUGUCGGCAAAAGCGUCAACAAGAAAUCGAAGCAGCUAUUUUGAUUCAAAGCUACUUCCGGAAGUAUAGACAGUAUUUCUCAUACAAAAGAAUGUGCAGGGCGGCUCGCUUGAUUCAGAAAGUGUUCAGACGCUACAAAUACAACAAUUGCUCAAUAGCAAACAAGAAACCCAUGUCUCUUGCAAAAGUUUCUAAUGUAAUGGGAGGAGGAGACGCGGUAAAUUCACGCGCUGGCAACAGCAGACGUCGCUCGUCCUCGUGCGUGUCUCGACUCACGAAACACGACAUUGACCAAGCCGUGUUGCUAGUUCAGAGGAACUACAGACGACGUGCCAAACGAAGGCGAGAAAAUGACGCUGCUUUAAAGAUCCAGCGCUUUUUGCGGCAAUGCAGGAAUAAGGUGCAAGCUCUUCGCUGUGACUCCACAAACCCGCCAUCUGUCAUGCAGUACUUGAUUGCUCAGUAGACAGGAUUGGACUCAGAAGACUAAUUAGAUGUCAAAUAGUGUGAUAGAUUUUUAAAGAUGUAAAUAUUUUCUCAAUGAGUAGAAUAAGUCCACAUCAAGCGUUAUAUUUUAAAUAUAGAAGUCUAACUUUUCUAUCCUUAAUGUGCAAUUAAUUAAAUGAUGCAUUAAUCCUGUUAAUUUUCAAUUCGAUACAAGUUGCUCUCAAUUUGAUUCUUAAAAAUGGAUCGUAGUGUUAGAUAACAAAAAUUACUUUUAUGGAGCUUACCGUGCUUUAUCUGUCGAUGAAAUGCGGAUCGUCACAUAAAUUUGACAUAUAAUCACGGGACAUUUUGAUUUCAACAAGCAAACGAACGAAUUUUUUCUUCGUUUUUGUCGUUUUCUCUGCGAAUUUUUUAUCGUCUUGAAAUUUUGACUCUUACUAGAUGAAUCUAUUUGGAAGAAGCAAGCCGGAUCAACUUAUGAAAAUCUCGUUUUGAAGGCGUAAAAGUUUUUAAAUAUGGUUUUUGAGCUGUUCUUGAUGUGGACACAUCCUCACAUAAACAAGAAAUUUGACUUAAUUUUCUUGCCGCCGAUAAACGACAAAAAAUUGAAAAAAUUUCCUGGUCCGGCGUCAAAAUGGUUAGUAAUUUGGCGGCGAUGAUCGAAAUAAGUCAAUAAAAAAACUGUUUCAGCAAAUGUUUAGGAAAAUAUCUGCUUUAGUCCUUGAACAGGUUUCUCAUACGCAGUUAUGUUGUGUCUAAAUGUUGGUCCAGUUUUCUAAUAUAAGUGCCCAAACAAUUUUUAUCUGUAUCGUCAAACCAGAUGCCGGACCAAGUAAGUCUUUCAAUGAUUUUGUCUCGUUUUCCGUGGCAUGAAGAGAAAAUCAAGCUCAUCAGCUUCGCAAAGAGCCAAUUGGACCAUAAAGUUAAAUUCCUUGUGUUGUUUAAAAGGAGGAUUCCAGAGCAAGAACACCUCUGAGACUAAUUAAAAUACACUGGCUGUUUUACGCUUUCUAAACAAGAUUCAUCAAAUUUUGAUCUGUUUUACUCCUUUCGAAUAGUUUUAUCUAGCAUGUGUAAAAAUU